UCGGCCCUCUUCAACUUCAUGUUCUUCAUAAUAUUUCUUCUCCCCCUCGGCACUUCUUCUCAAAACGAUGGCACUGUAAACGUGGGCAUCUCUCUUCCUGCAACGGAGAGGUCAAAUCCAUGGCUUUCACCUUCUGGAGAUUUUGCAUUUGGAUUUCAGAAACUUCAAGACAAUGAUCAAUUUCUACUUUCUAUAUGGUACAAUAAAAUACCAGCAAAAACCAUAGUAUGGUAUCCGAAGGAUACAAGUCCGGUAUCACGUGGAUCGACUGUGGAGAUUGAUACACAAAAUGGGCUGGUGCUUCGUGAUCCUCAAGGGAGCCGGCUAUGGCGUACAGAAAAUAUUGUUGAUAGUGUUUCUGGUGGUUUUAUGAAUGAUACUGGAAAUUUUGUUAUAUCGCGGAGGGAUUCAACCGGGAUAUGGGAAAGUUUUAAAAAUCCAAGUGAUACGAUGCUGCCUACGCAGAUAAUUGAGAUUAAUGGUAAGCUUGUUUCACGAAAAUCUGAAACGAAUUUCUCUCGAGGAAGAUUUUAUCUAGACAUGCUUAACAAUGGGAAUUUAGUGCUUAAUACUCGAAGUGUGUCGAGGAAUUUGGGUUUUGAUGAUGAGUAUUACAACAGCCAAACUUCUGAUCUUGCAAACGUAUCGAAUUCUGGUUAUCAAGUGAUCUUCAGUGAAAGGGGCUCAAUUCAAGUUUUGAGGACAAAUGGCGAACGAAAAGCCUUAACUACUGAGCGGUCAAUUCCAACCACUUCGGAUCAUUAUCACAGGGCAACUCUUGAUUUUGAUGGAGUUUUCAGACAGUAUUAUCAUCCCAAGAGUUUUAGUGGCAAUCCUGGGUGGACUGCUGCUGAAUAUUGGCCCGAAAAUAUAUGUGUCAGCAUUAAAGGAGAUCGUGGAAGUGGGGCUUGUGGGUAUAACAGUAUCUGCAGACUUCAGAAUGGAACACCAAUUUGCAGAUGCCCUCAAGGUUAUUCAUUGGCUGAUCCGGAAUCUCCAGAUAAACCGAAAAAGGACCGGGAAACGUUGAUACUCGUGGGAUCAGUACUCUUGGGCAGCUCCGUGUUCAUAAACUUCAUGCUUGUAGGUGCAGCUUGUUUUGGUUUUAUCCUUAUUUACAACAAUAAGAUCACAAAUUUCCGACGAGUUCACAAUGCAGCAGGACUGAAUUUGCAGUGUUUUACUUAUAAAGAACUUGCACAAGCUACAAAUGGGUUCAAGGAAGAACUGGGUAGAGGUUCUUUUGGAAUUGUCUACAAAGGAGUAAUGCCAAUGGGUUCCAUAACCACCAUUGCAGUGAAGAAGCUGGAUAGAGUGGCUCAAGAUACUGAAAAAGAAUUCAGAACAGAAGUGAAUGUGAUAGGUCAGACUCAUCAUAAGAAUUUGGUCCGCCUGCUUGGAUUUUGUGACGAGGGGCCUCAUCGGUUGUUGGUUUAUGAGUACAUGAACAAUGGAACUGUAGCAAGCUUUCUUUUUGGUGAUUUGAAACCAAACUGGAAUCAAAGAACUCAAAUUGCAAUGGGGAUAGCCAAGGGACUAGCGUAUCUACACGAAGAAUGCAGCACCCAAAUCAUCCACUGUGACAUCAAGCCUCAGAAUAUACUUCUUGAUGAAUAUUAUAAUGCUCGGAUUUCAGACUUCGGAUUGGCAAAACUUCUGAUGGUCAAUCAGAGUCGUACCCUUACUAAUAUCAGAGGUACAAAAGGCUAUGUUGCACCUGAAUGGUUUAGAAACACGAAAGUCACCGUGAAGGUCGAUGUUUAUAGCUUCGGCAUUUUACUACUAGAGAUCAUUACAUGCAGAAGAAGCGUGGUAGAUUUGGAAUUUGGAGAAGGAGAAAAUCCAAUUCUUGCAGAUUGGGUUUGGGACUGCUUUCAGGAAGGACGGUUGGAUAAUUUGGUUGUAGAUGAUACAGAAGCCUUGAAUGACAAGAAAGGACUAGAAAGGUUCGUGAUGGUUGGCAUUUGGUGCAUUCAAGAAGAUUCAUCUCUGAGGCCAACCAUGAGAAAGGCCUGCCAAAUGCUUGAAGGAAUUCUUGAAGUUAAAUUUCCCCCUUGUCCAUCUCCUUUUACCUCGACUGAUUUAAGUAUUUAGCUUGUUCAUUACACUUCUGUUUUUUUCUUUAUUAAAAUUCACGGUCUGUAAUUUUCAUCUUGAAGUCAUCAGUUUUUUAUUUGGCUAUUUACAAUAGCUGAUGUUACUGCUCUUCUUCUCACACAUAAGAGAAUAAAAAGGUUACUUUAUCCUUCA